AUGGCGUUCCAAAUGAAACCACACUUCGAUCAAAGCAUCGCGGUUGUAUGUAGGUCAAACCAAAACCGGAGUACAUGCGCACACCGAAGACUGAAACAACUUGGAUAUAACGUGUCAUCAUUUGGGACGGGACAAUAUACAAUACUACCCGGACCUGUCAGGAACUUUAGAUUCCAAUUUGGAACGCCUUAUAAAGACAUCAAGACUAUGUUGUCAAAGGAUGAGAUGCACAUCGACUUCUUCAAAAAACACAAAAUCUUUCAAAUGCUCGACAAAAACGCAAUUUUGAAGAGCGCGCCGGAGAGGUUCCAGGAAACAAAGAAAGAGUUCGCAAUUGUCAUAUCACUCGACUAUCAGGUCUUCAUGGAUUUACUCGAAUACUUUGACACAAGACAACAACAAACGGGGGACUUAUGCUAUGUCUUUAAUAUGAAUGUUGUCGAUCAAUUUGACGCAGCAGAGAAUGGUGCGAUGGAGGUAUCGGAGUUUUUAAAACUCCUUGAAAAUGACGUGGAUUGGAUGAGUAACAUCGACAGAAUUAUUAGAACGUUUUACAAUAAGACUCGACUUAAUGUGAUGCACUCUCUUCAGAUUUAUUGA